AUGGAUGCGGUGCUAGCACUGCUAGACGUCAGUGGUACUCUUCUGGAUGCAGAAGACACAAGUCCAUCAAAUAUGUCGACGGCUGUAGAAGAUCUUUGUGGCUUAUAUGAAGGAUAUACUAUGCAGCGUUUCAUCAUUAUAACUUUCUUUUCUGUAAUUUCUGUAUUUGGAAUAGCCGGAAAUGCGUUAUUAAUGGCAGUUUUCUGGAAAACACUGCCAUCUUCUGUAUAUUUAGCCACAUUAUCUACUUUGGAUAUGCUCAUCUGUUUAACAUAUUUACUACUUUUUGGUGUCGAUGCUGGUUUUGUUUAUUUGAAAGAUAAAACUCUGUUCUUCCUUUAUCAUCGUUAUAUAAUUCCCGUUUUCUUUGUUGCCAAGGUUGUACAAUUUGCCAUACCCUUCAGUCUUAUAUUGAUAACAUUAGAAAGAUAUUUAUGGACAACAAAAGAGAAGACAAGACUUUUCUUUGCUCCAGUCUUCAGUGACAAAGGACGAUGUGUCACAGCCGCAUUCAUUAUCCUUGUAAGCAUGUUACUACGAAUGCCAGUUCUACUAUCUACUCAGGUUCAACAGUAUCCAGGCUGUACAGACUACUUCAGAAGUGAGUCAGUCUCACAAGCAGAAUGGGCAUCAGAAAGUUAUGCAUACUACUUCUUCGACUUCCAUGUUAUAACCGCUGUGCAAAUGUGCUUCCCAUUCAUUGUAUUACUUAUUCUGAACAUUAUAAUCAUAAAGAGACUCCUAGCAGAGAAGAGAGAACAUAUGUAUGCUUCUAUCAAACCGCGUCUAUCCAACUUCGCAGGUUAUAAAUCUCCACACCAAGUAGAGAACGGAGGAGCUCCUCCAACCAUGUCAGAAAACUACGUUCUGUUGGAAGUAGCUACUGAAGUUAUGAAAGAAUCUCUUAUACACAGAUCGUCAAGAGACAAGCAAUCGCAGCUUCGAAAUGCCAUAUACACUAUGCUGGCUAUUGUUAUGUCAUAUUUGGUUUGUAAUGGAGUUCAUUUGUUUCUAACAGUUCUGGAACGAUUUGAUUCAUCAAUUCUAUAUGAUUCUGAUGAUCCAAAUCAAUCGAGUAACUUCUAUAUUGCUCUAUCUGACACUGUUAGUAUAUGCUACAUGGUAUCAUCAGCAGCUCGUCUUAUCAUAUAUUGUAAAUGCAAUCCAAAGCUAAGAAAAGAGAUAAGACAGUAUCUGACUGAGAGAAAAAAGAAUGUUGAAACGUCAUGA